AUGUUCGAAGGAUUUGGCAGAAAUAAAAGACGGAAAGUUGGUUCAGAAGAGGAUUCCCAUCAAUCAAAACCAUGGGUUGAAAAGUAUAGACCGAAACAAUUAGAUGACAUUGCAGCUCAAGGCCAUGCGGUGACUGUUCUGAAAAAGACAUUACAAUCAGCUAACUUACCUCACAUGCUGUUCUAUGGACCACCAGGUACAGGGAAAACCUCGACAAUUCUGGCUUUAGCUAAGGAAUUAUUUGGCCCAGAACUGAUGAAAUCAAGAAUAUUAGAAUUGAACGCUUCAGAUGAGCGUGGUAUUUCCAUUGUGAGGGAGAAAGUCAAAAAUUUCGCAAGAUUGACCGUUUCUAAACCAUCAAAGAAUGAUUUGGAGAAUUAUCCAUGCCCACCAUACAAGAUUAUUAUAUUAGACGAAGCUGAUUCUAUGACUUCUGACGCACAAAGUGCACUACGUAGAACCAUGGAAACUUACUCUGGCGUCACUAGAUUCUGUUUGAUUUGUAAUUACGUUACAAGAAUUAUCGAUCCAUUAGCAUCGAGAUGUUCCAAAUUCAGGUUUAAACCGUUAGAUGCUACAAAUGCAAUUGAUAGAUUACGAUACGUCGCCACUGAAGAAUCAGUAUCAUACGAAGAUGAUGUACUGAAGACUAUCUUAGAUAUAUCGGCAGGAGAUUUGAGAAGGGCUAUUACUUUGUUACAGUCUGCAGCUAAACGUAUUCAAUACACGGGCGCCGAAAAUGUUACCUCACAAAACGUCAAAGAACUUGCAGGUGUUGUACCUGACGAUAUCUUGAAGAUGAUUGUGGAGAAGGUUUCCAAUAAAAAUGUUAAUGAUAUAAUAGAAUAUGUGAACGAAUUCACUAAAAGUGGUUGGUCAGGCGCUGCAGUGAUCGACCAAUUACAUGACUAUUAUAUCAGUAACGAUGAAUAUGAUACCGCAUUCAAGAACAAUGUAUCUAUGAUCCUAUUUGACACAGAUGCCAAAUUAUCCAAUGGUACCAAUGAGCACUUACAGUUAUUGAAUUUGCUAGUGAAAAUCUCUCAAGUUUAG